UUCGUUUCACCAGAUUAAUUGCAUUUUUCUAUCGCUUCCAUCGUAAUCACAAACAAGAAUGGCACCAAAUCCUGAUAUUGGUUGGCAAUUUGGUCAAAUGGUGGGUGAUAAUCGUAAAACAAUACGAUGCAAAUUUUGUGGAAAAGUUAUAACCGGAGGAAUUACAAGACUAAAACAACAUAUUGCACAUGUUACUGGAAAUGUUGAAAUAUGUCACAAAGCUCCUAAAGAAAUAUCAUCAAUGUUAAGAAAACAUCUUCAAGACUCUAAGGCAAGUAGAAGUUCAAUGCAAAGAAAAAAGCAAAUAGCCUUAGAUUCAAUUACACAAAAUACACGCGUAUCAGAAAGUGGUAGUAGUGGUGGAGAUGACAUAGAAGAUAUAGAAAAUCGAGAAUUACAAAAAGCCAUCAAGGAAAGUCGUAAAACAAGAGUCAUUGAGGAGCAAAUGCGUAAUCGCUAUGGUCAAGGAUUUUCUGGUUCUUCAUCUGGCUUAGAUCCUGGUUUGAAAAAGGGGAUGUCUCGAAGCUUUAGUGUAAGAGAGGAUUCUAGAUUACCAUCAAAAGGAAUUGACUCUUUUAUGUUUCCCACAAAACAAAAGAGUCUCAAGAACUGGUUUGGGGCUGAAAAAGUAAAAAAUGUUGGUAAGGCAAUAUCGAAAUGGUUUAUAUAUAAUGCUAUUCCAUUUAAUGCAGCAGAUAGUGGUCCAUACUAUCAAUCCAUGAUAAACACCAUUGCUGAGGCUGGAACAGGAAUAAAAGGCCCCACAGGACGCCAAAUUGGUGGUGUUUAUUUACAAGAGGAGGUGGAUGAAAUAAAUGGAUAUUUGAACACUUUAAAAUCAAAAUGGUCAAAGUAUGGAUGCACAAUAAUGUGCGAUGGUUGGAGCACACACAACAAGCAUCCAAUCAUAAAUUUUAUGAUAUAUUGUGAUCGCAACAUGGUAUUUCAUAGUUCCGUUGAUUGCACCAACAAAGCAAAGACAGCUGAUUUUAUUUUAUCUUUAUUAAAUAAAAUUAUUGACGAAAUCGGAGAGGAAAAUAUUGUGCAUGUAGUCACAGAUAGCGAAGGUGCAAAUAAGGCUGCUGGUGCUAAAUUGAUGAUAGAAAGGCAACAUUUAUUUUGGUCCCCUUGUGCAGCACAUUGUAUUGAUCUCAUGCUAGAAGAUAUUGGUAAGACGACAAAAGUAAAAAAGUGUGUUGAGAAAGCCAAGCAAAUAACGAGCUUCAUAUAUAACAGCGAUAAAGUUGUGAAUUUGAUGAAAACAUUUACAAAUGACCAUGAAUUAUUGAGACCAGGAAUAACCCGAUUUGCGACAGAAUUUAUUUCAAUUGAAAGUCUUGUUCGGCAUUCUUCAGAUUUAAAAAGAAUGUGCACUUCUGGUGAUUGGGAAGCAUACAAUAAUACAAGCAAAAGAAGAAAAGAAGCAGAAAACAUUGCAAGCAUCAUAAUGGAUGGAAGAUUUUGGAAGAGGGCUCGUGAUAUUUGUGCUGCAAUUGAACCAUUAGUAAAAGUUUUGAAAUUAGUUGACCAAGAUCAAAAGCCAACAAUGUCAAUUAUCUAUGAAGCAAUGGAUAGAGCAAAAAUGGCAAUAAAAGAUAAUACCAGAGAUUGGCAAUCAUAUUGGGAUAUUAUUGAUAAUCGAUGGUAUAAUCAAUUACACCAACAUCUACAUGCGGCAGCAUAUUUCCUUAAUCCGUUACUUCAAUAUUCUGGAACUUGUGUUUAUAAUGAUGAAGUUAAACGCGGAUUAAAGGUUGUAAUUAAGAGAUUGGAACCAGACUUAAAUGCACAAGCUUCAGCCAUUAGUGAGAUUAAAUUAUUCACAGACCAGAUAGGUGAAUUUGGGUCUCCAGUAGCAAAAAUGGCAAUAAAAAAAAGUCUCCCAGCUGAAUGGUGGAGCGAUUAUGGUGAAGAUGCCCCACACCUUCAAAAAAUUGCAAUAAAAGUUCUAAGUCAAACAUGCUCAUCUUCAGGAUGUGAAAGAAAUUGGAGUACAUGGUCUCUUAUACACACAAAGCUUCGUAAUCGCUUGGCUAUCAAAAAGUUGCACAAAUUAGUUUAUGUUCACUAUAAUAUGCGGCUUAGGAUACGAAACAUGAUGCGCAAACAAGAAGAUGAUGAUUUUUACAGCCUGAUAGACCUUAAUCAUAUUUUUCAUGAUGAUGACAUCUUAAAUGAAUGGACAAGAGAUAAUGAACCGCCAGUUUUAGAAGAUGAUGAUUUGGCAUGGUUAGAUCAAGCACUUCGAGCAUCAGAUGCUGAAGAAUACAACACAACUACAAGUGUUCAAAGUCAUUCAAGAAAGAAGAAUAAAGGAAAAGAAGUUUUAUCAAGAGAUGAUAGUGAAGAUAGUGAUGAAAGUGACGAUAGUGAUGAUAGUGAUGAUUCAAAUGAUGGAAAUGAUCAACAAAGCCAUGGUGAGCAUCAUGUUCAUCAAAGUCAUCAAGAUGAUCAACAUGACACAGGUAUGACAUGGGCACGAGGUCAUGAAAAUUAUUAUGCAACACAAGAUAGUAAUCAUGGGUAUCGACCUGGGAUGGAGAAACAACAUCACUUUUUUACAAGUCUAUCAGAAUCUGCUGAUGCCAAAGAUAAAGAACAUUCGAUUGGAUCUUCACGACAGCAUAUGAGUGUUGAAGAACAUAUGAAACAUUUGCUUUUGAGAGGGAACCAACAAAUUCCACUAAGAGAUGAUUAUGGAUCAAGAAGUUAUAAUUGGGAGUCUCAGGAUAUUGGGCAUGGUCCAAUUGGAUAUCAAUCAGGUGGAUAUGGAUACUAUAGUAGCAAUCAACCCAGAUAUGAUUCAUAUGACAGAUCAUCUGAUUAUUUACCAUCCUAUACAAGUGCAACUAGACAUCAUGAAUCUGAAGGUUAUUUUGAUAAUGCACAGAAUGCAAUUCCAGAUUAUUCAACAUCUCUUGGGAGCAAUAUCGGACAUCAUAGUCGUGAUCGUGAAUCGUCAAGUGGUACUGGCAGUUCUAUUGGGUAUCAUGGUUUUGGAUAUUACAAUCGUCGUGAUGAAACAUUAUUACAAAGUCAAUCAUCUAAUUCUGAACAUAUUUCAUCAACUCAACCAAAUGAAUAUCCAUAUGGACAAUUUAAUCCAAAUUUAUAUCAACGCUCAUAUGUUGGAGAUCAAUUUAAUCAAUAUGGUACUCAAGGAGAAUAUAAUGAAGAUUUUGUUCCUCCCCGUCACUCUUCGUGGUAUUAGCUUUGAUUAGGUAUAAUUAUCAUUGUAUUUUUUUUCAUCAUGUUAUAUUAUUGUAGGAUAAUUAAGUACUAAUGUAUUGAUUUUGUAUGGCUUCAUGUAUUUUAUUUUUUAUUACCAGUUCUCUAAUUUUUUUAUGAUUUUUUGAUAAAUCCGUGCCGCGACCGUUCCGCGAAAUGAUAUUGGAACUGGAAC